UUUUCUCUAGUUUCUUCUUUCGUGCCCACUGAGUAGGAAGAAUCUCCAGUAUAAGAUAGGAAGAACCUCGCCGAGUGUGAUCAGUGCGCGAGACGGACUCGAUCUUUACUUUCUUGCCUUUUUACCUUUCUUCCUCAAAUUUAUUGUUCGCCGGUUCCCUAAUAUCCCUCCUUUCAAACUUCAUUCCUCUUCUAUUUCACUAUUUUUCCACCCCUUGCUUCCGUACCUACUUUCUUCCUUUCUUUCCGGAUUUCUUCCCUUCUUUUUUUUAUUUCUUCCCUUUUUUCUCUCUUCCUAUCUUUCCUUCACUUCUUCCCCAAUUCUAACUUCUUCUGCCACUCCCACGGUAGCCAAAAUUGUGAAGGUGCAGCUUCUGUAAUCCGCGUUCUCCAUUCACUCACUUCAAUCAUCAAAGGAGUCAAAAGCUGAAUCAACUGACUCGAGUGAGCAAGUCUUCCACCGAUUGGAAUUGAAGUUGAACAAAGGAGGAGGAGGCACAAGUCGAGAGCCUCGCAAGGUCUUCAGUCUCUCCCGCUAUUCCCGGUGUCUGUGUCCGGUAUGUUUUCAUUGUAAAUACAAUCAGCAAGCUCUGAAAGUCGUUUCUCGCAGCAACUCUUCUCUAAUGGACCAGAUACACAUUUGACGAAUCUUCUAAACGUAAAUGUCGUUGACGUCUUUGACAUCGUCGAAGCGGAAGAAGUUCGACGAGGCGGGUCCUCGUGCUCGGGAUUGACAUGAUCCAAUCGAUGGUCACAGGGUCGACCUAAAAUCCACGUUCAGCAUCCCACACACAAAUCAGAAAUCAGGAAUCAGAAAUCACGAUGAAACUCGAUACCCGACCGGGCAUCAGGAUCGAGGUCUAGACAUUGACCGACGCCAAGACCCAAGAGCACACUCGCGGGACGAGUUCUCCAGUUUCUGUCGGGCAUUCAUCCAUGUGGCAGGAAUCGCCGACGCGAUGAACAGCAAAGGCUUUCGAACCUGUCGUUCAGAGUACUCUACUUGGACGAUAGCAGCGCAGAAAGACGUCAACAGUGUUUUUGACUCGAGGGGAGAUCCUUAACGCUUGAGUUUCGGCUUUCGUCUUUCAGCUUUCGGGAGAAAAAGGAGGAGAGCUGCCCGGCUGCAAGAGCAGAGCCUGCAAGCAAGCAUGUCUUACAUCUCGUAUCGGCUGGCCACGAUCGCUGCCGCGGUCAUCUUCUUUCUGGUGAUACUUUUCGUGAUCCUCUGGACCGGUUUAUUGAGCAGUGAUACCACUGGGAUCGCUAGGGCGUACGGCAAGGAUCAUAGCGCCGCUCUCACUGAUUACGAGCAAUCCAACAAAACUGACAAGCGACAAGAGGAUGAAGGCGAGGACUUAUUGAUGCCAGAUAGAUCUGUCGCCAAUUCUCUGGAAUCAAACACAACGAAUAUUAGCAACGAAGUCUUGCGUCCACCAAUGAAGGAUGAGUCGAAGAGACAAGAAAACAGCGACGAGAACUUCUCAUCCGGAAGUUCAAAGGGCGAAAUUGUACCCACUGGCAAAGGGGACCUGGAAUACGUAAAAUUGGUGAAAAUUAGUCGAAACCAAUUCGAAGAUCCACCUGAUUAUUACUCCACUGCCAAAAGACAUCAUAGUGGCCACUUUCGACACAAAACUGCGAAAGUUUGGGAUCCACAUCCCCAGUAUGAAUUCACAGCUUUUGGGAGACAUUUUCAUUUGCUGCUUUCUCACGAUUCCAGUUUCGUUUUUCCAGACAUGAAGGUAACCCACGUUAAAAACAACACCACCAAAUGGGAGCACGCUGGUCAGCAUUUGGAUUGUUUUUACAGCGGAAUUGUGGACGGAGAUCCUAAUUCCAUAGUGGCAGUAAAUCUGUGCGGGGGGAUGACAGGACAUAUGACAACGUCUACCGGAAGUUACCUCAUUAAGCCUGCGAAGCGUUGGUCGGAUGACGAGGAUGGAUCCAUGGAUCCACCACUACAACAUGCCAUCUAUAGGAUUUCUUCCUCAGAUUCCACUCUUACAAAUGACCUGCCCAGCAACCACGAGUGUGGUGUCAUCGAUUAUACAGAAAGUGAUCCUACGGUGCCUUUUGACGACAGUUCUGAAAGGAAAGUGUACGUUGGCGAUCAGCACCGGAGGCGGAAACGCCGACUCUUAUGGAAGAACACGUCCCUAGACGAUUUUCAAAACGAGGACACUCCCAGGAAUCAGAGCCGAUACGAUUCGAUGGGGCGAGAAAGAACUUACCCGAGCGAGAAUGAUUCGCACUUGAGUUACCAGUCUGUCGAAGCUGAUUUCGAUAAUUAUGGUGGCUGGAGAACACGCAGGGCUCUUCCUCGAGAGUACUUCAUCGAGAUUAUGGUCGUUGCUGAUUCCAAGAUGAUGGAGUACCAUGGAGAUGGACUCGUCAGCUACAUUCUCGUUCUUAUGAAUAUGGUAUCUCGCAUUUACAAAGAUCCAUCAAUUGGCAACCCGAUCAGUAUCGCCGUGGUGAAAAUAAUCAACACCGAUGAGAUCUUUGGGACAAAAAACAGAGAAGCAGAUGGAAUUUCUGCUGAAGAAAUGCUGAAAAAAUUCUGCUACUGGCAAAAACGAAACAAUCCGCAUGAACCAUCACCAGAACAUUAUGAUGCUGCACUUCUUCUUACACGGGAAAAUUUGUGUCACAAUCCGGUGGCAAAACGUUGCGACACUCUUGGUCUUGCCGAACUCGGCAGAAUGUGUUCUCCCGGAUCCUCCUGUGCAAUUGUCCAGGACAAUGGAUUGGCAGCUGCAUUCACCAUCGCACAUGAAAUUGGUCACGUACUGAACAUGCCACACGACGACGAUACCAAAUGCUUAAGAUUUAGGAAUCCGACUAAAAUGCACAAUAUCAUGUCGCGAAUGCUGGACGACAAUACUUUCCCCUGGGAAUGGUCCAAGUGUUCUCGCCACUAUUCGACCGAAUUCCUCGAUGCUGGAUAUGCACAAUGUUUAUUAGACGAACCUAGUAAAGCAAUAUCUAAAUCCAGUACUGGUCGUUUGCCUGGUGAAGAAUUCACGGAAAAUGAACAGUGCGAACUGAUAUUUGGACCAGGAUCAAAAAUCUGUCCUCACAUGAUCAGUGAUGUGUGCAAGAGAUUAUGGUGCACCGCACCGCUUUAUGAUAAGACGCAACAAUGUCACACUCAACAUAUGCCAUGGGCUGAUGGGACAACUUGUGGAGACAAUAAAUGGUGUCACAGGGGCGAAUGUGUCUCUCGCCAAAACCUACUACCAGUGGAUGGCCAAUGGGGUACCUGGGGACGCUACGGGGACUGCUCAAGAACUUGUGGUGGUGGAAUCAAGAAAAAAUACAGAGAGUGCAACAAUCCUCCACCCCAGAAUGGAGGGAACUACUGUAUCGGGGAACGUGUCAAAUAUCGAAACUGCGGAACCAAGGAGUGUUCAGCUGGUUCCCCCGAUUUUCGAGAAGAGCAGUGUGCAGCCUUCAACGAUAACAAUCUGAAUAUCCGUAACCUGGAUCGGAACGUAAAGUGGCACGCGAAAUAUACAAAAAUACUUCCGGAGGACCGAUGCAAGCUGUUUUGCCAAGUGGAGAGCAAUCAGUACUACAUGCUGCGUGACAAGGUGAUCGAUGGAACACCCUGUGGGCCGGACACCUUCGACAUGUGCGUCAACGGCCGCUGCAAGCCUGCCGGGUGUGAUCACAUCCUGAACUCCUCGGCCGAGAUGGACACUUGCGGCGUCUGCAGGGGCGACGACUCCACAUGCCAGAGGAUCACGGGCUCCUUCAAUUCCAGUGCGUAUGGCUACACCAAGGUGACCAAGAUUCCAGCCGGGAGCAGCUUCAUCGACAUCAGGCAGCAUGGCUGGAGAGGAUUGCACAAUGAUAGCAACUACCUGGUUUUAAGAUUAGCAGAAAGUGAAGAGUACAUCCUAAAUGGCAAUUUCAUGGUGAUGCACAAGAAGGUAAUAGUGCGACCUGGAAUGGCAAUAGAAUACAACGGGCCCGAGUCGGUUGUAGAACGUCUCAACAGUUCAAGGCCAAUCAACGUGGACUUGAUUUUGGAGAUACUGUCAGUGGGAAACGUUUCUCCACCUCAGAUCACCUAUGAGUAUACAGUACCAAAGAAAAUUUUAGAACGGUACACCUGGAUUCUCAGCAAUUGGUCUGAGUGCAGUUUAAGUUGCCAGGGAACGAAAUAUCGUAGGGGUGAAUGCAGAGGUACUGAACACAAAGAUGUUGUCUCUAAUGAUUACUGUCGAGCUGAAGAAAUACCACGAGAAGAGAGUCAGAUUUGCAACAAUCAUUGUGUCCUUCAAUGGCAAAUCACAUCCAGGUCAGAGUGUUCAAGCCACUGUGGUCCUGGAACUCGAUCAGUCACGUCUCGUUGUGUCCAAAUUGUUCAUUCCUUCGACAAUCGACAACCUGGAACAGUUUCUGACUACGUUUGUUCGCAUUUGGAACGACCCAAAGAACAAGAACCUUGCACGGGAUCAUGUCACGAUGUUCGCUGGAAUUAUGGAGAAUGGGCUGCUUGUUCAGUAACUUGUGGCGGUGGUAUGCAGAGAAGAUCAGCCAGCUGUAUCGAUUCCAAAGGCAGACCAGUUUCUGAUGAAAAGUGUGCUUCUCAGGAGAAAAUAGUUACUCAAAUCUGCGGCCAGGAAACGUGUCCCAAAUGGGACUUUGGAGAUUGGACACCGUGUUCAGUCACUUGCGGAAUUGGAAAAAGACAAAGACCCUACUGGUGUCAGGUGGAAAAUCGUGUUGUUCACGCAAAUUAUUGCAGUGGGUCUCCAACUGCUUUUACCGAAAUUUGUGACGCUGGUCCAUGUUAUCAGUGGCAUUCAGGAGAAUGGAGUCUGUGUUCAGUUACGUGUGGUGAUGGAACGCGUAGAAGAGAAGUCACCUGUCGAGAUGGUAAGGAUUUAAUUACGAACAAAACGAAUUGUGAUUCUACAAAACAACCGACUGACACAUCUGGAUGUAUGCUAACUCUUUGCCCUACAAUGCAAACUUUGCCAUCUGUCACUUCUACAUUAAAUUCGCCGCUGGAUGAACCAUCACAGCAGGAAAAUGAUGUAAAUACCAAUCGAAUUUCACCCCGAAGAGUUUUCAAAUGGCACUCAGAAGGUGCAGAUGUGGUGCCAAAAAGGAUUCCAUGCAAUAUUCAACCUUGCCCUGUUUGGAAUACAGGAGAUUGGAGCCAGUGCGACGUAGAAUGCGGCGAGGGUUAUCAGUAUCGUCAAGUUCGAUGUCAAAGUUCAAGGGGAACUAUUUUGCCAGACAAAGAGUGCUCGAUAAGACAAAGACCCCGGCACGUGCGGAAAUGCGAGAAGUCAACCUGCGGGCCCUCAGUGCACAACUCCUUCCACCGAUGGCGAACUUCCAAUUGGAGCGCAUGUUCGGCUGGCUGUGGAGAAGGAGUUCAACGUCGAAAUGUUACCUGUCAUCGAGUCAAUUCCUUUGGAUUGCUCGAUCCAAACCCGAUUGAAGGAUGUCCAACCGUUGAUAAGCCACCGGAGCAGCAACCUUGUAAAAUCAGCGAGUGCAUUAAUGAGCAUUAUUGGACUACUGGAAACUGGAAAAAGUGCAGCCAUGCCUGUGGAAGAAAAGGUAGACAAGUCCGAAGACUAUUCUGUCACAAUAAAACUGGAAAAAAGGUGCCCCGGUACAAUUGUCCUGCUGAAUUAAAACCUCAGCGAAAAAGAAAGUGUAAUCAACGUCGCUGUGGUCCAUCUUCGUGUUUAGAGAUUCAAAGAAGAUUAAAAUCUACGAGAGAUGGAGAAUAUACUCUUGUAAUUGGGGGAAGAAAUAUGUCUAUUUAUUGCCAUGGAAUGGGUAGCAGGGAGCCUAAAGAAUAUCUGACCUUGCCUGCUGGUGAAAAAGAAAACUUUGCUGAAAUUUAUGAUAAAAGACUACACAAUCCAAAAACGUGUCCCUUUAACGGGCAGAGGAAUGACAGCUGUCAUUGUGUCACUGAUCCAGGAACCAUUUCUGGAAUCACAAAGUUUAAGAGAAUUCGAAUAGAUCCAAAUACGCAAUAUAUUAUUGCUGACGAUUAUACAUUUUCGUGGAACGAAGGUUCGAAACGGGUGGAAUUUGGCAAAGCUGGUGAUUGUUACAGUUUAGCUAAUUGCCCUCAAGGUCGAUUCAGCAUUAAUUUGAGUGGAACUUUCUUUAAACUCUCUCCUCAAGUUUCUUGGACUACUCAAAAAUCAAGAGCUUUUCUCAAGAUCAACAGGGUAAACGACCAGAUGAUUUCGGGUAAAUGUGGAGGGUACUGUGGGUUCUGCACCCCAAUGGCUGGCUUGAAGCUGGACAUUCUGCCACCCUAGAGCUGAAAUUUGCCUUAAAAAUUUGAAUCUUUGCUCUUGUUCGAUUGAAGAGUGAGAAACCUCGUUGGUAUACUAAACGAGAUCUUCAAGAAUCCUCACCUUGAGGUUCUUUGGUUCAUUCGGUUCAUCAUCAGAGUGUGUGAAUUGCCUAGAUGAACCUAUACAUUUUACGAAAAACUAGAAGCUCGAGUACCAGGCUGCAGCACGUCCUUACGGCGAAAUGUAUUCGUGCCAUAAGUCUCACCAAAAAAAGGAAAAUAAUGAAAAAAAUGAACUGCGUGAGAGUGUGUGCUUGUCAAAUGAGUAAAUGUAUACCAGUUUCAGAAAUAAGCGUGAGUUGCAGACAAAUGCUCUUUCUUUAAGUGUAUAAAGACCUUUUUUACAGAAAGUUUUAUAUAUUAAUAUAAAUUCUAUAUAAAGUCGAGACGUAAAGUUAUUACCAUCUAUUUUUAAUAUUCGUAAAAAAUGUACUUCAAUAUUUCAUAAAAUUUUAAAUGCGCCCAUGACGUCGCAAAAAUAGCGAUCUUUUUCUUUUAGCCUAUCGAAUUUUUUCUCGUUGCAUUUUCGAGAUUAAUUAAAGCCCAGAGUCGUGCUUGCAUGCCAACUGACUUACCGAAAAACUAUGGUUUAUGUUUUACGCUCUCUUCUAAAAAUAUAGAUAUAUGUUAGUCGUAUACAAAAUAAGCGCAUCUAACUCGUAUUUAUGAAAUUAAUUAUACAUAUUACGUAUUUUUUUCUGCCAUUCGAACUUUUAUUAUUGUUCCUUUAUUUACUACUAGUUUCUACUUAUUCUAUUUAUGCAAUUUGCGUUUUUAAUUAUAGGUUGUAAUAGUAUAUUAAGUGCCACACAUAUCUUAAAUGAGGUCGAUUCUUACCGAAUCUUUAUUGCCAUGAGUACUUGUAAUUUAAAUUUCGAGUUAAGGAAUUCUUUACAAGGAUGCGUCUGUACUAGUCAUUUACGCUUCUGGCGGACUUAAAAUGAUAUCUUACCGAUUAAUAAAAAGUGUCAGAAAACGCGGAAAAAGUAUUUAGUGUUCUAUGAUGACACCACGAAGAGAAAUUUAAUUUAAGCAAGAAAUGUUUAAAAAUUCGAAUAACUUGUCAGAGUAAGGACAUAUUUAUUUGAGUAAGUUUUUCUCAAUAAAAUGUUGUUUGUGACGCAUAGAUCACUCUAGGAAUAUUUUUGUAUCAAUAAAUUAUUCGACUUGUUUAGGAACAUUUUCUAUAUUUGCUUCAAAUAAAAUAUUUAUCUCGAAUAAAUAUUUCUUACUCUCAAUCAUCCUACUUAUCCAAAUUUUCUGUUGAUUUGGAAUCUGUAAACAAGACUCUUUUUUUAAGGAAUGAAUUUUAUGUAAAUUAAAAGUAUACUGCCAUAUUUUUGUCGCGGACUUUUGGAACGCAAUUAAUAGACUUUAAUGUUAGUUAAUUAUAGUUUAGUAUCGAUGUAUGCAACUAUAUAUUCAGUAUAUAGUAUCUCGCCUUAGAAAUCUUAUGACUGAAUGUUUGAACUCUGAAUGAUCGAGUAGCAGAUUUUUGAAAAAUGUUGAUUGAGUACAAAUUGAUAUUAAAUCUGUAAAAAUGUUUUAAAAAAUUAAAUCAAAUGUUAUGUAAGAUGGCAUUUCUUCCGAAUGAAAAUUGAAGAUUAAUUUUUUUUAAAUUUUAAUUAACAAUCUGUUAGACGAUAGUUGCUUUAUAAGCGUCAGUAUAUAAUUUU